CAGUGGGACCUUAGGCGAGGGGAAGGAGCAUCCCAGAAAGGGGGUCCUGACUCUGGGGACCUCAGCACCUGCCGCAGCUGCCCAGCCUCCUGCUGGGGCCCUGACAUCGCCAGGCAAUGGGACUUUGACUUAACUGAGGAAGGAAGGAUCCGGUCUGGAGGCAGAUCACGAUGAGGACCUAGGGCAUCUGCCAGCUGACUAUCCCCCCUGGCCUGGAGUGACCAUGGCCCCCCGCAAGAGGAGCCGCCAUGGCCUGGGCUUCUUGUGCUGCUUUGGGGGCAGUGGCCUCCCUGAGAUCAACCUCCGAGACAACCACCCUCUGCAGUAUAUGGAGUUUUCAAGUCCUAUCCCGAACCAAGAGGAGCUCAAUGUCCGCUUCGCAGAGCUGGUGGAUGAAUUGGAUCUCACCGACAAAAACCGAGAGGCUGUGUUUGCACUGCCUCCGGAGAAGAAAUGGCAGAUCUACUGCAGCAAGAAGAAGGAGCAGGAGGACCCCAACAAGCUGGCAACCAGCUGGCCUGACUAUUACAUCGACCGCAUCAACUCUAUGGCUGCCAUGCAGAGUCUGUAUGCCUUUGAUGAGGAAGAGACGGAGAUGAGGAACCAAGUUGUGGAAGACCUGAAGACAGCUCUCCGGACACAACCCAUGAGGUUUGUGACACGCUUCAUUGAGCUGGAGGGUUUGACCUGUCUGCUGAAUUUCCUCCGGAGCAUGGACCACGCCACCUGCGAAAGUCGCAUCCACACCUCCCUCAUUGGUUGCAUCAAGGCUCUGAUGAACAACUCCCAGGGGCGAGCGCAUGUGCUGGCACAGCCCGAGGCCAUCAGCACCAUUGCACAGAGUCUGCGCACAGAGAACAGCAAGACCAAGGUGGCCGUGCUGGAGAUCCUGGGUGCCGUGUGCUUGGUGCCUGGAGGCCACAAGAAGGUGCUGCAAGCCAUGCUCCACUACCAGGUGUACGCAGCUGAGCGGACACGCUUUCAGACACUGUUGAAUGAGCUAGACCGAAGUUUGGGCCGGUACCGGGAUGAAGUGAAUCUGAAAACAGCUAUCAUGUCCUUCAUCAACGCUGUCCUCAAUGCUGGAGCUGGAGAGGAUAAUCUGGAGUUCCGCCUUCAUCUACGGUAUGAGUUCCUGAUGCUGGGGAUCCAACCUGUGAUUGACAAACUCCGGCAGCACGAGAAUGCCAUCCUGGACAAGCAUUUAGACUUCUUUGAGAUGGUCCGGAAUGAGGAUGACCUGGAGCUAGCCAGGAGGUUUGACAUGGUCCACAUUGACACCAAGAGUGCUUCCCAGAUGUUUGAGCUGAUCCACAAGAAGCUAAAGCACACCGAGGCCUACCCCUGCUUGCUAUCUGUUCUACACCACUGCCUUCAGAUGCCCUACAAGCGGAACGGUGGCUAUUUCCAGCAGUGGCAGCUCCUGGACCGGAUCCUUCAACAGAUUGUCCUCCAGGAUGAGAGGGGUGUGGACCCUGACCUGGCUCCCUUGGAGAACUUCAACGUCAAGAACAUUGUCAACAUGCUCAUCAAUGAGAAUGAAGUGAAACAGUGGCAAGACCAGGCAGAGAAGUUCCGGAAAGAACACAUGGAGUUGGUGAGCAAGCUAGAGAGGAAGGAGCGAGAAUGUGAGACAAAGACAUUGGAGAAGGAAGAGAUGAUGCGGACACUGAACAAGAUGAAGGAUAAACUGGCCCGAGAGUCCCAGGACCUGCGCCAGGCUCGAGGACAAGUGGCAGAACUGGUAGCCCAACUCAGUGAAAUCUCAACAGGACCUGUAUCUUCCCCACCUCCCCCUGGGGGCCCACUUACCUUGUCUUCCUCAAUGACAACCAAUGACCUGCCUCCACCUCCGCCCCCUCUCCCAUUUGCCUGCUGUCCUCCACCUCCACCACCACCUCUUCCACCUGGUGGGCCUCCCACUCCCCCCGGUGCCCCACCGUGCUUCAGCAUGGGCCUGCCUCUCCCUCCAGACCCCUGCCCCAGCAGUGACAUCCCACUCAGGAAGAAGUGUGCUCCCCAGCCUUCCCAUCCACUGAAGUCCUUCAACUGGGUCAAGCUGAAUGAGGAACGUGUCCCUGGCACUGUAUGGAAUGAGAUUGAUGACAUGCAGGUAUUUCGGAUUCUGGACCUAGAGGACUUUGAAAAAAUGUUUUCAGCUUAUCAGAGGCACCAGGAGCUGAUAACUAAUCCUUCUCAGCAGAAAGAGCUGGGCUCCACAGAGGACAUCUACCUGGCCUCCCGCAAGGUCAAAGAGCUAUCAGUCAUUGACGGCCGAAGGGCACAGAACUGCAUCAUCCUUCUCUCUAAGUUGAAGCUUUCUAAUGAGGAGAUCCGACAGGCCAUCUUGAAGAUGGACGAACAGGAGGACCUUGCUAAGGACAUGCUGGAGCAGCUCCUCAAGUUCAUCCCAGAGAAAAGUGACAUCGACCUCCUUGAGGAGCACAAGCAUGAGAUAGAGCGGAUGGCCCGUGCUGACCGCUUCCUCUAUGAAAUGAGCAGGAUCGACCACUACCAGCAGCGACUGCAGGCCCUGUUCUUUAAGAAGAAGUUCCAGGAGCGGCUGGCUGAAGCCAAGCCCAAAGUGGAAGCCAUCCUGCUGGCCUCCCGGGAGCUGAUCCGCAGCAAGCGCUUAAGGCAGAUGCUUGAGGUCGUCCUGGCCAUUGGCAACUUCAUGAACAAAGGGCAGCGUGGGGGUGCCUAUGGUUUCCGGGUGGCCAGCCUCAACAAGAUCGCAGAUACCAAGUCCAGCAUUGACAGAAACAUCUCUCUGCUCCAUUACCUGAUCAUGAUCCUGGAGAAGCACUUCCCUGACAUCCUAAACAUGCCCUCAGAGCUACAGCAUCUUCCAGAAGCCGCCAAAGUCAACCUGGCAGAGCUGGAGAAGGAGGUGGGCAACCUCAGGAGGGGCCUCAGAGCAGUUGAGGUGGAGCUAGAAUAUCAGAAGCGCCAGGCACGGGAACCGAAUGACAAGUUUGUCCCAGUCAUGAGUGACUUCAUCACCGUCUCCAGCUUUAGCUUCUCAGAGCUGGAAGACCAACUGAAUGAGGCCAGGGACAAGUUCUCCAAGGCCCUGAUACACUUUGGGGAGCAGGACAGCAAGAUGCAGCCAGACGAAUUCUUCGGAAUCUUUGACACCUUCCUGCAGGCCUUCUUGGAGGCCCGGCAGGACCUGGAGGCGAUGAGGAAGAGGAAAGAAGAGGAGGAACGGCGGGCACGCAUGGAAACCAUGCUGAAGGAACAGAGGGAGCGGGAGCGGUGGCAGCGGCAGCGGAAGGCCCACGCAGGCAGCGCGCUGGAGGAAGGUGGCGAGUUCGACGACCUGGUAUCAGCCCUGCGCUCAGGCGAAGUGUUUGACAAGGACUUAUGCAAGCUGAAGCGCAGCCGCAAGCGGUCAGGGAGCCAGGCCCUGGAAGUCACCCGGGAACGGGCAAUAAGCAGGCUAAAUUAUUGACCUGGGGACUGGCCACCGCAGGAGGCAGGAGACAAGGGUGGGCUGAGGGGCUGAGCGGAGGUGGCCGUGAUCCUUAGGCAAUUUGGUGCUCGGUUGCAAUGAGCCCUGGGCUGGGCCCUGGGGUGGGGGCAGUGCGUGGCAGGACCAGGGGUCCUCGCACUUACCUGGAGGGGCUCCUCACAUCUCCUGUUCCGUUAUUCUUUCUGCAUCCCGGUCCCCCAGGGUCACUCCAAGGCGGACUUAGACAUCCCUGGCAGGCCCUGCUGAAAGAGCCCUGCCCCCCGCCCCCCCUCCCCCCCCCCCCUGGCCCCAGCAAGGGCACAUACGUGUUGGCACACAACUGUUCCAGAUCUGGACUGGACAGGUCCACAGGCCUUGUCCGGAUUUCAUGUGCAGUAGGGAGUUCAUGGUGGGGUGGGCCCCCUGAGAGCCAGGGUGAGAGAAUGCAGGCCCCCAUCCCCCAAGAGGAGGCUUAAUGGAACAUGGAUCUGGGAGCAAACUUUCCUCUUGGAUGGAAAAGGAAGAGGUAUUAGAUAGUCUAGCUAGAUAGGUUUCAGAAAAAGUGCUGGGAAGACGAUAGAGUCAUCAGGACACAGAGUAGCAGUGCUUGUUUCCUACAUCACAAGUCCUUUGGCCCCUCUCUCGAAUGUCUUAAGUCUCUCUCCCUUCCUUCCCUACCGCCAUCUCCCUCCUAUCUACUAAUCCUGAAUCUCAGAAUGCUCACCUUUGGGUUCCCACAGCUAUGGCUCACGAUCAGGUACUUGAUGAAUCUGGUAAGGGGUUCAAGAAAGACCCCGAUCAUCACCACACCUCGUGCCUUGGGCCUAGGGACCCUGGAACAAAGAUCUCCUCACACAUCCUCUGUACAACCCAACCAUUGUCUUGAAGUGGGACAGUGACCACACCUGUUGGCUGGGAAUUCUGAUAGCCCCUCACUAGAGGGCAGCACUUGAAUGCCUAGCUCCGCUCUGGUGCUAUACCUGGUCUACCACUUCCUGUUCAUCAGACCCCAAACUCUUUCUCUAAGGUCUAUCUCAGGGCAGAAGCCACGGGGACCUCCCCCUCUGUCCAGCCUGCGGAAGACUGUUUCAAACCACGUGGACCUGGCUAAGGCCGGCCCUGGGGUGUCCUGAGAUGGUCCAAAGGGCCAGAGUUGCCCUCUGCAUUUACAUGCGAUCACUGAGGCAUUCAGACUGGGGGCCAGAGCAGGCAGGGGAAGCUAGGGAGAUGGGAUAUGGAGAAGGUCCAGUUUCCCGGGACGUGCACUGCCUGAAGGAACCAAGGACAGAAGGCUGGGUACCACAGAUGGGAUGGGGGCUGGGACCAACCUCUCAAAGUCAGUUCUUCAAUCUGACUUCCCAGGGGUCCAUUCUGGUCCUCCCAUCCACUCCCACCUUCCAUUCUGUCCAUCUUGAGCUGUCCUUGGUUGGGGGUGGGGUAGGGAACAAUGGCUAUGUCUAAACAAAACUUCUGAAAGAAGGAAAGGUCAACUCCAUCAAGGUUUGUCUUUUCAAUCCAUUUCUUUGCCCUAGAGUUGACCUAUUAUCCUUAGAGUCCGGCCUGCCUGACCCUCGAUCAACCAGCUCCUUGCCUUUCUAUCUCCCGGCCCUUCUCUUUGUUUCUCACCUUCCAACCUACUUCUCCAGCUCAGGGUUAUUGCCAGUGGCCACACUGGUGGGCUAGGCCCACUCCUCAGCUGCUUAUCUUUUCCCUACAUCAGACUCUUGGGGUAGGGCCAGAGUAGCUGCGGGGGCGGGGGGGGCGGGGGGGGCGGGCAUAGUGUUGGUGAGCCCAGCAUGUGUUGGUUUGGGGGGGUGGAGGGAUGUGAGCAAAUGCAAGCCUGGCCAGGCUAGAGGGGAAGAGGCCAUCCUGGAGUCCAGGUGAAGGCAAGAUGAAGGCUUCGAGGAAGAACAGCUGCAGAGGGCUUUGUUAUACCCAUCUGUCUACCUGACAGCCCCCCCCCCCCCGCAGAAGCUGGCGUUGGGAUGAUGGGAAGGUCAUGGGUGGGGUCUCUGAAGGUUCUCUCCCAAACUGGCUGGGCUGAGGUCAACCUCCCCUGCAGGGGACAGGGGAGGGCUCCACUUCUAUCACCAGCAUGUCCAAACUGUGGCAUUCCCACUCGCCAUGGAAGACUGGAUACGCACCAGGAAAGACAAGGAAUAUAGAAGUCGUUCAAGACAUUUUGGAUCCACAGAAAAGCACACUUUGGUUUACCUGUUUACAGAGGACACAUACCUGGUUCCAGGGCUCAGGCUUCUCACCCCGAAAGAUUUUUUUCCUUCUCUAUUUAUUAUUUCCUAGCUCUGGCCAGUAGAAUAGCCAGAUCUACAACAGUGCCUUGGACCAUACACCACCACAGUUGCCUCAGCAAGGGGCUGGGGCCCCGUGGAGAUGGUGGAGGAGUUGGUCCUGGAUAUGCUAAAUGUUUACGCCUAUUUGUUCCUUAGGCUUUCCUCAGUGUCCUUCCCACCCUCCUGCUCCCUUCAGGUGAAUUCCUCCAGCUAACUUUGUGUCCCUUGUAAAAUUCAGUUAACCUAAUCCAACCUGCCCCCUUCUCAGCAGCAGCACUCACACCUCCUUCCCGGUGUGUCUGGGGCAGCAGGAGGAAAAACAAUUCUCCAGGUGGGGAGGGAAGGGUCUGGUCCAGGCUCUCCCACCCCCAUCCCAUCUUUACCAACUGGGGUGCCAUUUUCCUCCAGCCUCUACCAGGGAUACCGCCAUGCCCUGGCUGCUUUCACCAAGCUGUCUCAGAUGACAAGUGAGGCUAAUGUACAAAAUCUGCAGCGUCCUUUUUACCUGCACCAUUUUUAUAAGAAUAUAUUGUAAUACUAAAAAAAUAUUAAAUCCAUACCAUCCCCAUCCA